GCCGUCUCACACCUGCUUGACRUUUCCAGGUUUCCCCCCGGCUGCUGCGGGCUUUUAGAUGUAACCAUGUCAGGAAUGAAUGGUGAUCAGCUGCACCGAUCCACGUUGGGGAUUUACUCGAGCUUGACUGAUGAUUUCAACCCAAGUCUACAGAAACUGGUUUCACUGGGAAACAGCUACGCCCAGGCUUUCAAAGCAUUUGUCAUGUGCAGUGAGGCCUACUUUAACGCCCUUUCCAGAAUUGGCGAGAAAGCUUUGUACACGACGUCGUCGCGCUCUCUGGGAGAUGUCCUCAUUCAGAUAUCGAAGAACCAACAGAAACUCACCUCAGAGCUGGAGGGAGUGGUCCGCAGGUUCAGUACGGACGUCCUGCAGGUGAUGGACAGCAACAUUCGACUGGAUAGAAAUUACAUCUCAGACAGCAGGGUGAAAUAUGAGAUGGCGGUUCACAACCAGGCAGCAGCUAUGGACAGGCAGAGGAGAAGAGGAACCGGCCAGGACAGCAGGGAGUACAUGCAGUUCCUCAGGGAGUGCCACCAGGAGGCUUUGGAUGAGGAAGAGAGGAGGUACCGCUUCCUGGCUGAGAAACACUGUGACCUGAUCCAGUCCGUAGCCCACCUUAUGAAUAAGACAGGAGGAAGUCUGCAGCAGAGAGCCGAUUCCUGGACAGAGGCGAUCGGCGCCACCAGACGACCCGAGGUCAGACAACCCACUYCAGUGGAGAACACGAGGAGAAUACGAGCAGAAGACCAAAGACAGAUYCAAGAGGCACUGUUGCUGGGCAAAGCACCAUCAAGGGCCCCGUCUCCACAGGGAAGCAUUUCUCUCUCGAGAGGUGGAGGUGGAGGUGGAGGUCCACUGAUGAGGGCCAAGGUGGGGCACCAGCCUUCUCUCUCUAACCCAACCUUACUGCCCUUCUCCAGGGGACAGAUGAUCAACGUGCUGGUCCAACAGCCCAGGAACGGCUGGCUGUACGGAAGUGUUGAGGGCAGCCCAAGUCAGGGGUGGUUUCCAGCUGCGUAUGUGGAAUCAGUGGAUGAUCCUCCGAUAUCAAUGAGCUCCUGGACCUCCACUGCCCGAAGCAGCAGCAGCAGUUUGAGCAGUUUGUUUGACCAACCAAGACCCAGAAGUGGCAGCAGCAGCAGCAGCAGUAGCAGAGCCCCACCUCCUCCACCUCCACCACCAGUGCAGUCUUCAUCUAAAUCACAACCGGAUCUCUUCCCGAGAGGGAACAAUCCAUUUGCUACAGUUAAACUGAAGCCCACAUCCACCAAUGACAGAUCAGCCCCAAUUAUUCACAGGAGAUGACUUCCUAACCCUGUAAAAAGUGCUUCAUGACCUCAGUCGUGCAAACAUUUUAAAUUGUAAGUUAGAUACUUAAAGAUGGCUUUUUUGUUUCUUGAUAAUUAAUUGUUUGUCAUGGAACUCCUGAGCAACUCUUGUAUUUUAUACAUUUCUUGUUAAAUUGUUAAACAACCUGUAAAACUGGUUGUAAAAUAAACCCACUGCUCAGCAACUUGCUUUCAGGUUCAUGUUGUGAUAUUUGAUGUUAUGCAUGAAUCAAAGGAGGUUUUAUAUUAAUAGAUCACAGCUUUUGAAGUGGGAUUUAUAGAAAUUAUUAUUAUAAAUACUUUAUGUAUACUACCUGUUGUAGAUUGCU